AUGGAGGGCCCAGACCCCUCCCAGACUCCCUUCAUCCGAACCAGUCUCCCGACCACCAGCAGCAGGCCCCCCACCGCUGUCCCCUGGACAGGGCCCUGUCUUCUGCAGGAGACCCACGGAUGGGGCACCCACCUCCCAGGGCCUGUGCCCGCACUCCCGGAUUUUUUGAAGCCCACGUUUCCCCAGCGCUCCCACUGGGGAGGCCACAAGGACUUGGUGACCCAUGUCAGGUCCCCGAACAAAGCCUUGAAAUCCAAAGAGCUGAGACUUAGGGUCCCCUUCACACACAAGCUGACUCGGACCCCGUUGCGGGCUGCUGAGGACCAGGACGUGGACCUGCCUGCUCCUUAUACCCAGACCCAUUCGGCGUUGCUCCUGUCUGGGCCUCAGGUAGGAGAGCGACCUGCGCACACCCCGGAGGCAGCAUCACAGGAGGGCUCCCUGGAGGAGGCGGCACCUCCCACUCCCCAAGGCAGCAGCCCUGGGGCUCCACAGGCCCUGGACAGCACUGACCAUGAUGUCCCUACAGAAGCUGUGACGUGCCAGCCUCAGGGGAACCCCUUGGGCUGUACCCCAUUACUGCCAAAUGGCUCCAGCCACCCCUCAGAGCUGAGUAGCACCAGGCGGGCUGGGAAUGGUGCUCUUGGGGGCCCCAAGGCCCACCGGAAGCUGCAGUCACAUCCGUCUCUGGCCAGCCAGGGCAGCAAGAAGAGCAAGGGCAGCACGAAGUCGGCCUCCUCCCAGAUCCCCCUGCAGGCGCAGGAAGACUGCUGUGUGCACUGCGUGCUGUCCUGCCUAUUCUGCGAGUUCCUGACACUCUGCAACCUGGUCCUGGACUGCGCCACCUGUGGCUCCUGCGGCUCAGACGAUGCCUGCCUGUGCUGCUGCUGCUGCUGCUGCGGGGCUGGCGGGGGCUCCGAGUGCACCGACUGCGACCUGCCCUGCGACCUGGACUGCGGCAUCCUGGACGCCUGCUGCGGCUCGGCCGACUGCCUGGAGAUCUGCAUGGAGUGCUGCGGCCUCUGCUUCUCCUCCUGACCGCCGAGAGCCCAGGCCGGGAGCACACGUGCCGGGACUGUCCGGGAGGGACAGGGCACCAGGGCUGCAGAACACUGUGAACCGCGGCAGGGGGACUUUCCUGGUGCCAUCCCAGCUGGAGGACAGCGAAAUGUGAAGCGAGCCCCUUCCCUGCCUGACGGGCCCCGCCGGUCCCUCCCUGCCCCACACAGUGAGCUGGAGGCCAGGCCUCGGGUGGGAAGACGGCACAGCGGGGCACGGAGGGAGGGUCUGCUCUAAUGGUCGCUGUAAAUAAAGAUGCUUGUCCAUCUCUGCGUCCUCCCGCCUGGUGCCAACUUCUCAAGAAAACACUCUCCACCCUUGCCCA